CGGCGCCUCCCGCUGCUGUCCCGGGCCUGGGGGGUGUGGGCGUGGGAGCACCGGGGCUCUGACACUGCUGUUUACCAGGAUGCUGCUCCGGCAUCCCAGUGCUGGAAACAAAAUUCUGAAGUGGGUGGGAGGGGUUUGAAGCGGUCCCCGCUGCCCUGUGCUGAAUUGGGCCUGCAGAGGUGAUAAUCGCAGAAUGACGGAGUUGUCAGGAUUGGAAGGGGCCUCUGGAGACCACCCAGUCCAAUCUUCCUGCCCGGGCAGGGUCAUCUGGAGCGGGUGACAUAGGAACGCAUUCAGGUGGGUUUGGAAUGUCUCCAGAGAGGGAGACAUUCCAAUCUGGAGCAGGGCAGACUGUUCCAGUGCUCUGCCACCCUCGAUGUAAAUAAAUUCUUCCUCACGGUGAGUUGGAACUUCUUGUGUCUUAUUUUAUGGCCAUUGUCCCUUAGGAUGUAGCUCCAGCAUCCCAGUGCUGGAAGCAAACCAGAGUGAAACAGUUCCUCUGCCCUGUGCUGAACUAGGCCUGCAAAGGGGUUAAUGCCCAGCCCCAAUCACCUGAUCUUGCUGGGCAGAGCUCUGGGGUUUCUGGAAAAGAAAUGAGCAGUCUUUGCCAUGGGAAGCCAGGGAAGGGGCUCCCUGCCACAGCUGUGGUGGAGAGGGAGCCUGAUGGAAGGCAGCCUGAGUUCCAGUUCUGGGCUUCUCACUGGAAGAGAGACAAGGAGCUCCUGCAGGGGGUCCAGCAGAGGGCAACAAAGAUGAUUAAGGGACUGGAGUGUCCUGUGAGGAAAGGCUGAGAGACCUGGGCCUGUUCAUUCUGGAGUAGAGACAACUGAGAGGGAACCUCAUCAACAUCUAUAAGUAUCUGAAGGGAGGUGUCAGAGGACAGAGCCAGGCUCUGCUCAGUGGUGCUGAGCAACAGGACAUGAGGCAACAGGCAGAAACUGAUGCACAGGAAGUUCCGCCUGAACAUGAGGAAGAACUUCUUAACUGUGUGGGUGACUGAGCACAGGAACAAGUUACCUAGAGUGGAUGUGGAGUCACCCUCACUGGAAAUAUUUAAGAAGCAUCUGGACACAGUCCUGUGUCGUGUGCUGUAGGAUGGCCCAGCUUGAGCAGGGAAGUUGGACUAGAUGAGCCAUUGUGAUUUCUUCCAACCUGACCCAUUCUGAGAUACUGUAAGGAGAGAGACACAGCGUAUGAAACGUGUGUGAAAGGGUGGAUUUGUAUUGAAAGAGAGUAGGGUAUUGAUGUUCUUUGGGGAGAGCUAAAAGGUCUCAGUCUUGGAGGACUGCAGCACCUGGAUAGCUGGGGAAUGGAUGUAUAAAGCAGUUGGCACCUGAAGUGGUGACACGUGCUGUCUAUGGGCAGUGGCCAAGUGCUAAAUCACACCACAUCGCAAAUCACAAUCACAAAAAAUAUUCUUUCCAGGCCACUUCUCUUGUCACCAAGGCAGGUGUUGCCACUUAGGAAUGGAUGGUUGUUUUUUCCCAGCCAGCUAAAUUUCUUGUUGGGUUGGCUGUGCCCACAGGGCUGCCGGUUGCCCUCCCUACCCUGCCUCUGGAACUCACUGUCCUCUACAACUCCCUGCUUUUCACUUUGGGAGCAUCCGACUCUGCCAUCGAGGGACAAGCAGAUGGAAUACGCCAGGGGCUCCUCAGGGUUCUGGAGGCUUGUGGGGCCUGUGGACAGGAUCUCAGCACAGAGGAGCUGUGGCAAAAGGUGCUGCAGGAGGUAACAGUGGAGGAGCUGCAGGCACCUCUGCACCGACUGGGGGCCCUGCAGGCAGCCUGGUGGUUGGCAGCCGGACGCCUGGGAAGCAUUGCUGGCCUCUUCCGGCUCCUGAGCACUGCUGAGGACACAGGAAGAGGUCACUGCAGUGAGGGGCAGAAUGAGCUCCUGUCCCUGCUGAAGACAUGGCAAGUCCCUGCUGAGGGGACCUGCCUACCUCUGGUACAGAGUGCUGAGGACUUGAAGGAGAUCCUCUGCACUGCAGCAGCCUUCCUGCAAGGUUUGUGUGGCAAAGGGCUGCAGGAGCUGGAGGCUGGGAACUUCCCCACUGCCCUCUCCCUCCUUCAGGAAGCUGCAAGAGGAUUCUGCUCCAAGAAAGUCCUGGCUCAGAUCUACACCUGCCUCGGCUGCUGUGCCCAGCGAAUGGGCAAGCCUCAGACAGCCCUUCAGCACCUGAAACGGGCCCUCCAGGUCGACUUCCAGUGCCUCUCUGCCCUGUCCCACGCGGCAGCAGUGUACCGUGAACUGGGAGAGAUUGAUACAGAGCUGCAGGCCCUGGCUCUGCUCUACGAGGCUCUGGAAAAAAAACCUCCAGCAGCUGCUUCCUCCAGUCCCAAUAUCCUAAUCCAAACAGAGCUGCUUGUCCACACACCAACACUCACUUCUCUCCUUCGCCAUCACCACCCCUCUGAAGUGAAGUACCUGCUGGCACAGCGGUGUCUCCAGGGUGGGAGGGUGGCUGAUGCAGUGGAACAUUACCUGGAUUUUCUGGCUCUGCUUCAGGAGGGUCUCCAGCAGCAGGUGCCCCUGGAUGGUAGCUCAACUCUGCCCAGGAUCCCAGAGGUUUUCCUGGAAGCAGCAUCCGCCUUGGAGCAGGCUGGGAGGCACCAGGAUGCCAUAACCGUGUGCGAAGAGGUCAUCAGACGGACGACUGACCUGAUCCCACGGAUGUUACGAGAGGAGGAGAGGCUGGAGCAGCCGGAGUGCCCAUCGCCAGGGGCAGGGCUGGCGGGGGAACUCUUGUCCCAGAAGAAGGAGAGUCUGUGCUGCCUUGCCUGGAGAACAGCUGGAUACCUGCACCAGGGCUGGGCAUGGGCCAAGCUGGGCGAGAGCAAGGAGGCCAUAACGCAGUUCAGCAGGUGCCUCAGCGAUCUCCUGCGAGUCCAGCUUCGUGGGCCUGGCACUGAACCAAUAGAGAAUGUCCCACCAGAGGUGGAGGUGCUCCAGAAGAUCAGGUUGCUCUCUCUCAUUGGGCGAGGUACACAGUUUCUGGAGCUGGGGAGGCACAAAGAAGCCCUACUGGAUUUCCAGCAUGGUUUGCAUAUCUCUCCAGGUGACCCAGCUGCUGCCUCCUACUUGGUGCAGGCCUUGUGGAAACUGGACCGAAAGCAGGAGGCAGCUGCUCAGUGGCAGAAGUUGUCCCAGAGCUCUCCUGGGGAGCAGGAAGGGAAGGGAAGGCCCCUCCCUUUGUACUUGGUUUCGUGUCUGGAGCAUGCCAUGUUCCCACACAGUGAAACUCUUGCCAGCACCAUACAGGAUUACCUCGAGACAGCAGCCCAGGACACCUCAAGCUGACCUGGUCAGUCUCUGGGCUGGCACGAGGCCUUUAAUCAUUCUUUCAAGACUCAGAAUUACUCUUGGAUAAAACUUGAUUCCCAAAGGACUAAAACAGAUCAUCUUUUCUAAUAAAAGCCUCAGCUCUACUUA